AUGGCAAAAGAACAUAAGAGAAAGCAAGCUGAAGAAGAAGAACAAGAGGAUUUUGAAGAUUCAUAUGUUGUAGACAAGACUGGUCGUAAGUCUGACAAUGCUGGUUCAUCAUCUGGUGGUAUCGUCGAGAUUGUUUUGCGUGAUAUCAACCAAAACCUCGAAGACGACCAAGUCUCUGACUAUGUCAACAGCAACACCAAGGGUGUCAGCUCGUUCAAGCGUCUCGGAAGAGCCGGUAUUGCCUUUGUCGGCUACGUCGACUCUGACAUGGCCAACCAAGCCGUCGAAGCCCUCCACGGAGCCGAGAUUGAAGGUUACAAGAUCAAGGCCGAAUUGAACAACAAGCAAAAGGGAGAACGUGCCGCCCCACAAAAGGAAUUCAACAAGUCGUUGGAAGUCUUUGUCGGCAAUCUUCCACAAGGCACCUCCAAGGACGAGAUCUUCUCGUUGUUUGAGGAAGCCGGUACCGUUGCCAACGUCAAGGUCAUGGACAAGGGAGGCCGUGUCGCCGCUUUCGUCGAGUUUGGAUCCGAGCAAGAGGCCACCAAGGCUCUCGAGUGGAACAACACUGACUUUAACGGUAGCACCAUCCGUGUCGACUCCAACGCCAACAAGCCAGACCGUUCCCAAGGUGGCAACGACAAGCACGCCCGUGAAAUCAUCGUCAGAAACCUCGAAGGUGUCUCUGAACAACAAGUCAACGAAUACUUUAACAACGAGAUUGGAAACGUCGAGGCCUGCAAGCUCGUCAACACCUCCAACGGAACCAUCGCCUUUAUUACCUUUGGUGACGCUUCCCAACCAACCAAGGCUAUCAACAAGCUCAACGGUGCCGAGUUUGGUGAUGGAAACAUCUCUGUCGAAGCCAACACUGGCAACAGAAACGGUGGUGGUCGUGGAGGCCGUGGUGGUCGUGGUGGUUUCGGUGGAGGCCGUGGUGGAGGCUUCGGUGGUCGUGGUGGAGGUGGAGGUGGCUACGGCGGUGGUCGUGGUGGAGGGUUCGGUGGAGGCCGUGGUGGAGGCCGUGGUGGCAGUCGUGGUGGUUUCGGUGGAGGCCGUGGUGGUAAUGGUGGUGGUUACGGUGGAGGUGGUCGUGGUGGAGGUGGUUAUGGUGGUGGUGGCUUCAAGAAGCAACGUAACGACUACUAA